UUCCUCAAUCAUCUUCCAAGUCGCACAGAUAAUCGGUACAUAUUGCUCCUGCCAUUGUAUUACAUGCACACCUAUCCGAUCCUCAUUACCAAGGCCAUACCUCAAGCCCUAACACGACAAAGAGCUUCCGAUAUCCGUUCAGCCUUCACCCUUUACGAUCCGGCUGCCGGCCUUUACCUGCAGGGUGUUCUGACGUGCAGGAAGCUAGCCACAGCUAAGCCAUAGCUUACGACGACCGAAAAUGAGCCGAGACUACUUCAACCCGCCUGGUCACGACACCACCUUUUCCACACCGCUGCAAGCUAUGUAUUGGAACGGAGUUUACUAUCCUAACUGGCGCAUCUAUCGCGAUCAGCCACCUGUAUCGCUGAACUACGAUGUCAUUUCGCAUGUCUUCUACGCCUUUGCCUGGGUAAAAGACGAUGGAACUGUAUAUCUAAGUGAUGAAUGGGCGGAUGCUCAAAUCGAUGUCCCAGGCACUGACGACAUUCCUGCAGCAAAAGGAUGUCUUAACUCUUUCGCCCUGUUGAAGCGAAAGUAUACCCGACUACGGGUUGUGUUAUCUGUUGGCGGUGGUGGGAAAGGCAGUGAGCCUUUCGCGGGUGUUGCUAGAGACCCUGCCUGCCGUGAGCGUUUUGCUCAGACAUCAUUGGCAUUGGUACAACAAUUUGGUAUUGAUGGCAUCGACAUCGACUGGGAACACCCUGCAGAUGCCAGCCAAGGCAGGGAUUACAUCGCUCUUCUGGCCACACUCCGUCAGUACUUGCCGGCGCCCCAAUACACCCUCUCCUCAGCACUUCCAGCAGGCGAAUGGGCCCUUCAGCAUAUCAACCUGGCGCACGCUUCGCAUUAUCUGGACAUGAUCAACCUCAUGGCUUAUGACUACAGCGGGCCUUGGGUGAAAAAGUGUGGUCAUCAAGCUCAACUAUUCACACCACACAUUCCGCACAGUCCCGAAGCCGCAAUAUCCUGCCACUCAGCUGUCUCCUACAUGAUGCAGCAAGGUGUCCCAAGACACAAGAUCGUCAUGGGGGUGCCAGCAUACGGCCGAAGUUUCACCGGAACCCGUGGUAUAGGUCACUCGUUCUCCGGGCAAGCAGGAGAGGAGGGCACCUUCGAGUACCGAGACUUGCCCCGUCCGGGUGCGGAAGAGCACGUAGACGAGCAGCUGGGCGCAGCCUACUGUAUUGGUGGUGACGGAGGGCUAGUCACAUACGAUACCCCGCAAACUGUCAGAAUGAAGGCCAACUAUGUGCGACAAAACGGACUAGGUGGACUCUUCUAUUGGACCGGUACAGGCGACGCAAGCUCGCUCACUCAGAAGGAUCGCAGUCUGGUGUAUAAUGGCUUCCUAGGUCUGUUCCCGCAAUAGAAGCUACGUGGCUGUAACUUGAGACUAUGUAGCAUCCAAACAUCUUGAUGCGUCCUGUUGUGUCUGAAAGCUGCUGUUUGUGCUCCGUGUGUGUUCGAUGGUGAUGUUGCCCUACGCAAGAGCUACUCUAGCGCGACGAGCUUGGACCCUCAGACCCUUGAUUGAGGGCUGGGGUGCGUGGGAUGUU